AUGAAAGGACCAGGAUCGACUGUUCAUUACCCCUUGUCCUGGUGCCCGAUACGAAAACGUCGCGACACAGCCACAGCUCACGAGAGCGCCUUGAAGCAGACGGGCGCAUACACUUCUUUUUCAAGCUCCUUCUUACUGGCCUUCACCUGGAGUUCUUCCCAUUGCAACAAGCCGAUUCGUGCUCGUUGCGCACAUCCUUGCCAGCGCCAGAUUCGGAUUACGCGGCAUUUGGACUUUCUUUUUUUCGUGGCUAUCAUCACACUCAUUUCGUUAUCACGACGCAUAAUCUCAAACGAAAACACUGCUCCGACCACUCCAAAGGCAAAGAUCCUUAGGAAAGGUAACAUGCUUUCCAUACGAUACACAGUCGCUGAGAUACCACACUCAAACAGGUGUACCAGACACAUUGGGAGUUUUUGUUCCGACAGCCACACCAUUCCAAUUUGCGAGGAUGCUUAG